AUGAACCAUGGGCAAGGAUUGGUGAUUGUUACCACAGAAAAAUAUCUAAAGGGCGCCUUUGAGGAAGGCCUCAAAAUCUCUGAUGAGCCAUCAGAUCUUGGUACCUUCGAGAUUGAGCAGAUGCCUGAAAAAGGUGGUUUUGGAGUAGUAGCUACUCGCAAACUCGAGAAGGUAUACGCCGGCAAGCUAUUGAUCAUUUACCUCUCCAAACGCGGGCUGCCGUAG